AUGAAUAAAAUCAAACAAAUAAAUCAAAUAAAUCAAAAAGAAUUAAAAUCCACAAAUACAAAUUAUAAAUCAUCAUGGCAUUAUGAUUAUAGAGAUACAAAUUAUAUAUAUAUAGGAAAUAUACCUACAAAAAUAAAAUAUAAAGAUAUAAUUAUAAUUUUUAGUCAAUUUGGUAUACCAACUCAUUUAAAUUUAAUUACAAAUAAAGAACCGGGAACCCACAAGGGAUUUGCAUUUUUAAAAUAUUCAAAUUUUAAAAGUUGUAUUUUAGCUAUUGAUAAUUUUAAUGGUAUUAAAAUUUUUGAUAAAUUUAUUUGUGUGGAUCAUAAUUAUUAUAAAUUAAAUUAUGGUGAAAAAGAAGAUGAUUAUUUAAUAUCUUAUGAUGAGAUUAUGAAAGAGAUUGAUGAUGAGAAAGGGGAAAGUUUGAAUAAGGAACAGAAAUUAAUAACUGAUAAUGAGAAACUAAAGGAGGAUGAAGAAAACGAAGUUAAGGAAGAAAUAAAGGAAGAUGAUGAAUUUGCUGAUCCAUUGGCAAAACUACUAAAAAAGGAAGAUGAAGAUGAAUUUGUUGAUCCAAUGGAAUCAUUUACUAAGAGUAAAUCGAAAGAAAAGAAGUCUUCAUCAUCAUCAUCUCAUAAGUCUAGAAGUCAUAGAAGUAGUCGACAUAAAUCUCAUAGAUCAUCAAGAAGAGAGAAAGAUUCAGACUCUCCAACUGAAGAUAGAGUAAGAGAAAAAAGUCCAGAAAGAUCAUCAGAUCCAUGA